AAUUACGAUCAAAAAAUGACCGAUAAUGAAACAAGAUUCAACUCCAAUCUUUUAAUUUGAUUUUUGUAAUUUUUCCCAUAUGAACUUCAAAUUAAUUUUUAAUACAUAACUUUUUUUACGGGUUAUCUUUUUUUUUUCUUUAAUAAAUAAAUAUUCGCAUAAAUUAGUAUUCGCACAACAAUCGUUCAGUUCGCGCACUGAAUUUGGAGAUGACGAAACCAGAGAAACCGAAAACCAAUGCAGUGAAUCUUCCUCCAGCAUUCGGGUCGAAUUCAUCCAAAAUCCACCCCGCAAAUGACCCGGACACCCCGCCCAACCCAAAUUCAUACUCCUUGGAGAAAUUCCGCCUCUAUGAAACCCGUGCUAGGUUUUAUUUGAUUGGAAGUGACAGGAACAAGAAGUUCUUUCGGGUGUUAAAGAUCGAUAGAAUGGAGCCUUCUGAUUUGAAUAUCAGUGAAGAUCCCGUUGUUUAUCCGCCUCAAGAAGUCAAGAGUUUGCUCCAGAGGAUUGCUGAGGGCAAUCGUGCCACUGGAGGGUUAAGCUUUGUUGCCAAGGUAUAUGGCAUUGUUGGCUGCAUUAAAUUCUUGGAGUCGUACUAUCUGAUACUGGUGACAAGGCGGCGCCAAAUUGGGAGCAUAUGUGGUCAUGCGAUAUAUAGUAUAGAUGAGAGUCAGAUAAUUACCAUUCCACAUGUUUCAGUUCAAACUGAUAUUGCUCAUUCUAAAACUGAGCUACGGUAUAGGAAGCUUUUAUCCAGUGUUGAUUUGACAAAUGAUUUUUUCUUUAGCUAUACGUAUCCUAUAAUGCAAAGUUUACAGAAAAAUGUGUUAUCAAUGGGUGAAGAAUGGAUGCCAUAUGAUAACAUGUUUGUUUGGAACUCAUUUCUAACACAAACGAUUCGGUCAAGAUGCCAGAACACCAUUUGGACUAUACCUCUGGUUCAUGGGAAUUUUAAACAGGUUAGGCUAUCAAUAUUUGGAAGAGAUUUUAGUGUUUCUCUAGUUUCCAGACGCUCUCGCCAUUUUGCUGGGACACGUUAUCUAAAACGCGGAGUUAAUGAUAAUGGGCGGGUAGCCAAUGACGUUGAAACAGAGCAGAUUGUGCUUGACGAAGAAGCUGGAUCAUGCAAAGGAAAAAUGAGUUCUGUUGUACAAAUGAGGGGUUCUAUUCCUCUAUUCUGGUCGCAAGAGGCUUCAAGAUUCAGUCCUAAACCUGAUAUUAUAUUGCAACGUUAUGAUCCUACAUACGAAGCAACAAAAAUUCAUUUUGAUGAUCUGGCAAGAAGAUAUGGAAAUCCAAUCAUUGUUCUUAAUCUGAUUAAGACAGUUGAAAAAAGACCACGAGAAAUGAUGCUAAGGCGUGAGUUUGCUAAUGCAGUAGGGUAUCUGAACCAGAUUCUUUCUGAAGAUAAUCAUCUCAAAUUUAUCCAUUGGGACUUUCACAAAUUUGCGAAGAGCAAGUCUGCUAAUGUUUUGGCAGUUUUGGGUGGAGUUGCAAGCGAAGCACUUGAUUUAACUGGAAUUUAUUACAGUGGAAAACCUUUGGUUGUGAAAAAAAGGGCUAUCCAACUUGCUCGGACUAGCACUGCAAGGGACUCUUCUCUUAGAGAUUUAAGAGCUAGUUCUGGAGAUCUUUCAAGGGUUAGUGGUAGCACCGAUACCUUGACUAAGCAAGAUAAGGAUUCUGAAAGUAAUCAACAUCGUAAUCAAGACUUUAAUGCUAGUUCAGCACCACGAUUUCAAAGUGGAGUCCUUCGUACAAACUGCAUUGAUUGCUUAGAUCGGACAAACGUUGCCCAAUAUGCUUAUGGCUUAGCAGCUCUCGGGCGGCAACUUCAUGCACUGGGGUUGACCGACGAUCCAAAAGUGGAUGCCGAUAGUAGCAUUGCUGCUGCUCUCAUGGAUAUGUACCAGAGCAUGGGUGAUGCAUUGGCACAGCAGUAUGGUGGCUCGGCAGCACACAAUACUGUGUUCACAGAAAGGCAGGGUAAAUGGAAAGCUACGACACAGUCUAGGGAAUUUCUGAAGUCUAUAAAGCGAUAUUACAGCAAUACUUACACAGAUGGUGAAAAGCAGGACGCGAUAAAUUUAUUUUUGGGUUACUUCAAGCCUCAGGAAGGAAAACCUGCGCUGUGGGAGUUGGAUUCUGAUUAUUAUCUUCAUGUAUCUGGGAUUGGAGAUGAUCUUUUGCCUGAUAGUCCCUUGGAUUACGUUAAACCUUCAGUAGCAAGAAUUCCUUUAGCCCCAAUUCCUGCUUGUCGAGAGGACUUCUCGCGCAUGAAGUUGACAUCAUUUGAUAAAUUGAUAGAAAGAACAUGUAGUGCCAUCAAGAAUGUACGACUCUGCAGUGAGCUAGAUCAAAAAUCAGGAAACUUUGGUGUGGCACCUGAUGCAGCCGAAAUACAACUCAAGAGUCCAAACUGGCUUUUCGGACAGAGGAAGUACGAGGAUAGUAGCACUGCACCAAAAUUGAAUUCCAACGAACUUACAAAAGGGGGAACUCACGAUAACAGGAAAAUCGAUGGUCUAAGUGACCUUAAUUUGUUUUCUCCAGUUGUUGAGACCAAUGAAGAAGAUGUCUUCAGACAAUACCUAGCAAUGACAACAGUCGAUGAAGCUAAUGGUUGGUAUGGUGGUACUUUGCUUGGUGAUCAAGAUGAAAACAGUGAGAUAUACCAACAUUACGCUGAACUUAUUCAGGGCCCCGCUAUGGAACCGUUUGAAAAUGAUAUGGAGAAGGAAAAAUACUACAGUGAUCUUCUUAGAGGGAACAUGGUCGAUAAUAAUUGCAUGCAUGACAUUGAUGUAGAGGCUGAGAUGGAAGCUGCUCUCAAUGGAUAUGUUCAGGCAGGUUCCGAUCUUGGGAUUUUCCCCAAGUCGUGUAGUGCUCUUGUUAUGGAUCCAAGCCAGAUAACACGAUGGAUUCUUGGAGAAAAUCGCCUGCAAAAGCUUUAAAAAUCUUCUUGUUCUUGUAAGUUUGUAUCUAUAUCCAGGGAUAUUUUUGGAAUGCCUUUAUUUUAUUUUUUUAUUAAUAAUUAAUAUAUAUGUAUAUAUAAACCAGUCAUAUAACAGAGAGAGAUCUUAACCUCUCAAAUAAUAUGCAUCUUGCAAGUAUUGUGUUUUUAUGAUUGGCAAAUGUUGCAUUUCUGCAAUUCAGAUCCUCUAAUGAAUAAAAUCAUUAUUUCAUUA